CGGGACUCUUGCCUUGUCUCGAGCUCAAAUGAGCUGUUUGCUGUUGUAGGGGAACGCUGAAGUCCUCUGCCGAGCAGCCGGUGGACGCCACAUCUCAACUUUUUUUGUGUGUGUAUGUAGUGGGACUUUCAGCACUUUGGAGGACUGACUGAACGUGUUUGGUGGUACUUUUUUUGAAUUUCGUUGAGAUAAAGUGCGGCAGUACUCGGCGACAUGCCUCAGCUGAGCAGCGGCGGCGGGGACGACCUGGGAGCUAAUGACGAGAUGAUAGCGUUCAAAGACGAAGGGGAGCAAGAGGAGAAAAUCCAGGAGAACGCCUUCACCGAGAGAGACCUGGCCGACCUGAAGUCAUCCCUGGUCAACGAGUCGGAAAUAAAUCAGAGUCCGAACGCAGCGGCGGUCAGACGGGGACAACAGGGCGAGCACAGGAGCUUCACGGAGAAACACCGGGAGCAUCUGGACGGAGUGUCGAAACAGCAAGAUGGAAGCAUGUACAAGACGGCGGCGUACCCGGGUUAUCCGUUCCUGAUGCUGCCUGACCCGUACCUUCCCAACAGCUCAGUUUCGCCAUCUUCCAACAAAGUAUCGGUGGUGCAGCAGUCUCACGGGAUGCACCAUCUAACAUCCCUCCUGCCCUACAGCAACGAGCACUUCAGCCCGAGCCCUACACACCUGCCCACAGACAUGAGCCAAAAAACAGGCGUUCACAGGCACCAGUCCCAGGACCUCUCAGGCUUCUAUUCCCUCCCUCCAGGUGGCGUUAGUCAGAUCACUCCAUCUAUGGGCUGGCAGAGCCAGCCAGUCUACCCUGCCCUGUCAUCCUGUGGGUUCAGGCAGCCCUACUCCUCCAACCUCCCCACUGCCUCCUCCUACUCCAGGUUCUCUCACUCUCUGAUGCUGGGCCCAUCAGGCAUGCACCCUACGGGGAUCCCCCACCCAGCUAUAGUGCCUCCUUCAGGCAAACAAGAACAUGACCAGUAUGACCGGAGCAUGUACGUGAAGCCACAGGUGGAGGUCAAGCGGGAGAAGGAGCCCAAGAAGCCAGUCAUCAAGAAACCCUUGAACGCCUUCAUGCUCUACAUGAAGGAAAUGAGGGCGAAGGUCAUUGCUGAGUGCACGUUAAAGGAGAGCGCUGCUAUCAACCAGAUUUUAGGACGGAGGUGGCAUGCACUGACGCGUGAAGAACAAGCCAAAUACUAUGAGCUGGCCAGGAAGGAGAGACAACUCCACAUGCAGCUCUACCCAACCUGGUCUGCCAGAGAUAACUACGAGGCGGGCCUUAGCGGGGGCGCAGGGGAAAAGAAUAAAGCUGAUUGGGGCAAGAAGAAGAGGAGAAAAAGAGAGAAGCAACAGGACUCCAACACAGACCCUGGCUCUCCUAAGAAAUGUCGGGCUCGCUUCGGCCUGAAUCAACAAACGGACUGGUGUGGUCCCUGCAGGAGGAAAAAGAAGUGCAUUCGCUACCUUCAAGGAGGAGGCUGUCCCAGCCCAGCUUCUUCAGAUUUAAGUGCUAUAGACUCUCCCCCCUCCCCCUCCACAGCCCGCCACCGCCUGCACCUGCACCCCGGCUCCCCAGGCUGUUCCCCGCCACCCGCCUCCCCUUCCUCAUGCCUCCCCUUCUCUCCACCUGCCAGGCGCGCAGCCCAAACACAGACACACACACGCUCACACACACGCUUCAUCACAGAGUCCGCCGGCACACCCGCUGAUCUCUGCCAGCCCGCAGCCAGACACACCCACUCACUCCUGGAACUGACCGGCAAGCAGACGCACAGCUCUGUCACACCGAUGUCAGCCUCAAAGGCGGCGGGACUCUCGCUCAAAGUGCUGACAGAGACGCAGUGACGGCGCGCCCUCACCGUCCGCCAAACCUGCCGACACAGAUCUGAACCACGUGACCUUAACAGCAGCGACUGUCCGCACCGCGGGCCGCCUGCUGGACUGUCUCCCACAAAGUUGACCGACCUGCUGUGUCCAAAUCCAGGGUUUGAUCUUCUAACUUUAUAGACCAAAACAAGUUGAAAUGGACUGUCCCCUCUUAUAGCCACGCCCCUCCAGAUAUGGACACAUUCCACUGAAUGCUUGCGCGACACCUGUGUCCCACAAACCAGAUCAGCGAUCACAGAUCAGUUUGGAUGAUACCUGUCGGUGUUAUGUUCACUCUCGGGGGAGAAAAAAAAGUGCACGUCUCGCUAUUUUACAAGCCGCCUCCCACGCGGCAGGUUUUCGGGUGUCAAAUUACUCCAACAUACAGUCACCAUUAAACUGUGACUUUUCACAUGGUGAUGGGUUCGUCUCUUCCGCAGUGUAAUUUUGCCAAACUGUUAGUGAAAGGCACCUCAUUUCUUUGAGAAACAUUUGGGGACGUUCUACUGGAUAUAAAAAAAAAACAGAACGUUGGCUAAUUUAAACAAAUGUCUGCACUCUGGCCUCUUGAUUGUUAGUUACCAUGGUUACACUUUUUGACAAACUGUCCAGUUAGAGCCAAUAGAAACUUGUAUUUUGCAAACAAGUUAACGCCACCGUUAAGGCUGUGCGACUGACGGGUCAAUCCCACGCAAAUUUAUUUAUUCUCCCUGCGGUCAGGUCGAAUAUGUUGAUGACUGAAACCAAAACAGCGGAGUGAGCGAUGGUGUUUUGGUUUGUUUUUCUACUGUACAUGAAGCUGCAGGUACUCAGGAUUGUGAGUUCUGUCUGUGAGAUUUGAUAUUUUGGAAUUGACAUCCUGCAGUUUAACACAUUUUAAUUUUAAGCAUUUUAGCCUCCUCCAGGACCCGGUGGAGUGACAAACAAUCUUACAAAUGAAACUUCAGGCCACCACGUGUAUCAGAAGCAAAAACUUUCAGUGUCAAUUUUGCAACAACAAUCGAAGUGUGUGAGCAGACGGCGAGAUCUUUCCCGAACCACAAGUGUUAACCAACAAGAGGCUCUACAAACAUCUUAACUGACAUUUUUAAAAGAUGCUUUAAUACCAGUGCAGCUUGUUUUAAAAGAUAAAGCAGGUCGUAGUUAGAAAACUCCAAAUUCUCCACUUUAAGCUCCAUUUAUUUCUUUUAGGCACUUUCAGGUUGUGAACGUCUUGCUAUAAGUCGAGUUUUAAUUUCUUUUUUUUUUUUUUUUUGUAGGAAUAUAAGAUCAUAUUGUUGCUCAUGUAAAAAGCCUCUGAGGAUUUUUUUUUUUUUGUGGCAGUUCUCAAUGACUGAAUUGUGAUGCUCUGUAAAUUAAUCUUGAGACCAAAUGGUUACUGUUAUAUUUCAUUGUAAGUUUUAUAAGUGUCAAAUAUUUUAAACUUUUGUGUUGUUUUAAAAAAGUGGGGAAAAAAGCAAACAAAAAUGUAUUACAUUCCUUAAAUCAAUUUUUUAAACAAAUUUUUACUUUUUCCAAGUGUUACUGCAUCUUGUGUUCUCAACCUGUGCAUGUUCAGACUUCAACAGAUUUUGAAUUGAGGUAAAAACCUGCUUUUAAUUUGCUCUUGUGUUUGCAGCUUCAGGCUCGACUUCACGCUGCAGAGAGCAAAAUUUAGUUUGACCUUUUGAGCAACAAAUUUCUUUUCCUCCACCAGAGGGAGCUCUUGUGCUGCAAUUAAUAGCUCAUUUUAAACUCUAGUGGAAACAUUUCUAACGUCAUUUUCUUCUCUUUUUUCACGAUAAAUGAUUUCUUUGCCUCUGAUGUAUUACUUUUUUUGUUUGUAUUAAAGUGUUUUGAAUAUUUGU